CCAGGGCUCCGCACGCCGCCUGCCCGCCGGCCACGGUGCUCGCCGCCCACUGUCUCCAGCGGGCUCCCCUGGCCCGAGGCGGCCGUCCACGCCCCCUCUCCCCUAGGCGCCCACCCGCCGUCCCCGGACAAGGGCCAGAACUUGCGACCGCAGAGCCGGCAGGCUGGGAUGCGGGCGCCCGCCCCGGCUCGCAGCUGAUCGCCCCCUGCCAGGACCCCGGCCCCAGGACCCAGCUCGCCCCCCGCGCCCCAUGGCGCUGCCCUCCCGCUGAGUCCCCGGAGGCGACCAGGGGAGGCUGAACGCGCGUCCCGACGAUGUGCCCGCUGUCCCGGGCACCCGGUCCUCGGACCCAGAGCCAGAGCUCGCGCGGGACGGCGCCCCUGCUGCCCCAGCUGCUGCUUCUCCUGGUGGCCUGCACAGCCCAAGGUGUGAUCGUGGGGAGCACCUUGGGAGUCUCUGGACCACCAACAAGAACAAGGGACCAUCCUGGUGGGUACAAGAUUGUCAGCCCCUCUCUUCUGAAUGGAGAACCCUGGCAUCCACUCAGUGGCAUCCCACCUCAAGAUCACCCAGUGAGACUCAGUUUUCAAAUAGAAGUGGAUGGUAAGGAGCUGAUUAUACACCUGGAGAGAAAUGAGGGCCUCUUGGCUGACAACUUCACAACCACCCAUUACCAGGGAGAUGGCACCGAUGUCUCCCUUGCACAAAAUUACACGGGUCAUUGUUACUACCAUGGACAUGUGCAAGGACAUCCUGAUUCCGCUGUCAGCCUCAGCACUUGCUCUGGACUCAGGGGACUUCUUCUCUUAGGAAGCCAAGCCUACAUCUUGGAACCAUUGAAGGAUGCUGCAGGCCAACACAAGCUCCAGCCAGCAGAGACUCUGAAAACAGCCUGGGGGGCCUGUGGACAGCAGUAUCUCAACAUCUCAGGAAGGAUGGCGGAUGGCGAGCAGUGGUCCCCUCACACGUUUACAAGGAGGCGCAAACGAGAAACACUGAAGACAACGAAGUAUGUGGAGCUUGUGAUUGUGGCAGACAAUCGUGAGUUUCAGAGACAAGGAAAAGAUGUGGAGAAAGUUAAGCAGCGUUUAAUAGAGAUUGCCAAUCAUGUGGAUAAGUUCUACAGACCACUGAACAUUCGAAUAGUAUUGGUUGGAGUAGAAGUCUGGAAUGAUAUUGAUAAGUGCUCUAUCAGUCAGGACCCGUUUACAAGUCUUCAUGAAUUUCUGGACUGGAGAAAGAUGAAGUUGCUACCUCGUAAACCACAUGACAAUGCACAACUUGUAAGUGGGGUUUACUUCCAAGGGACCACCAUUGGAAUGGCGCCCAUCAUGAGCAUGUGCACAGCCGAGCAGUCCGGAGGCGUAGUCAUGGAUCACUCAGAAAGCCCGCUCGGUGCGGCUGUCACCCUGGCCCAUGAGCUCGGACACAACUUGGGGAUGAAUCACGAUACGCUGGAGCGGGGAUGUCACUGUCAAGCGAUGACUGACAAAGGAGGCUGCAUCAUGAACCCGUCCACUGGUUAUCCAUUCCCCGUGAUGUUCAGCAGCUGCAGUAAGAGGGACCUGGAGACUAGCCUGGAGAAAGGAAUGGGUGUGUGCCUCUUUAACCUGCCUGACAUCAAGGAGUCCUUUGGGGGACAGAAGUGUGGCAACGGCUACGUGGAAGAAGGCGAGGAGUGUGACUGUGGGGAACCAGACGAAUGCACUAAUCCAUGCUGCAACGCCACUACCUGCACUUUGAAACCCGAGGCCGUGUGCGCCCAUGGACUCUGCUGUGAAAACUGCCAGCUAAAGCCGGCGGGGACAGCCUGCAGAGCCUCCAGUAACUCCUGCGACCUGCCCGAAUUCUGCACAGGAGCCAAGCCUCACUGCCCGGCCAAUGUGUACUUGCAUGACGGUCACCAGUGCCACCGUGUGGAUGGUUACUGCUACAAUGGCAUCUGCCAGACCCAUGAGCAGCAGUGCGUCACUCUCUGGGGACCAGGCGCUAAACCUGCCCCCGGGAUCUGCUUUGAGAGAGUCAACUCUGCCGGAGAUCCCUAUGGAAACUGUGGCAAGGACUCCAAGAGCUCCUUCGAAAAGUGUGAAAUGAGAGAUGCUAAAUGUGGGAAAAUCCAGUGCCAAGGAGGAGCCAGUCGACCCGUCAUUGGUACCAAUGCUGUUUCCAUAGAAACCAACAUCCCCCUGCAGGAAGGAGGCAAGAUUCUGUGCCGUGGUACCCAUGUGUACCUGGGAGAUGACCUGCCAGACCCUGGGCUUGUGCUAGCUGGCACGAAAUGUGAAGAUGGCAAACUCUGCCUCAAUCGCCGAUGCCAGAAUAUCAGCGUAUUUGGUGUCCAUGAAUGUGCCACAAAGUGCCAUGGGCGUGGAGUUUGCAACAGUAACAAGAAUUGUCACUGUGAGGCCGACUGGGCUCCACCAUUUUGUGACAAACCGGGCUUUGGCGGUAGCAUCGACAGCGGCCCCAUCCGGCAAGCAGAUAAGCGUGGUCUGACUGUGGGCAUCCUGGUGACGUUUCUCUGCCUUCUGGUUGCUGGCUUCAUCACGUAUCUCAAGAGGAAAACUUUGAUCCAACUGCUGUUUACCAAUAAAAAGACAAAGACGACGAUUGAAAAACUAAGGUGUGUGAGGCCUGCUCGGCCAUCCAGCGUCACGGAGCCGAAUCAUUCUCGGACCACAAACCUCAGCCACGGGCUGCUCAGAAAGCCUCCACACACGAGUGUGCCAAAGAAGGAGAACUGCAGAAGAUUACCAAAGUAUCAGAAUAUUGACAUCAGCAACCCAGUCAAGAGCCCUGAUACUUCACCUCCUCGGCCCCAGCUGCCCCGUCAUCAGAACGUGCCUGUGAGACCCCUCCCAGCCAACCCUCCAAUCAGACAGGCCCAGGGAAUGCAUAAGCCAAGCCCUCCCCAGAAACCUUUGCCUGCAGACCCUCUGAGCAAAAUCACGCGGCUUAAUGAAGCCUCCAGAAAAGUGCCUGGGCAGCAGGAAGCCGGCCAUCGCAUCAUACCUAUGAGACCUGCCCCUCAGCAUCCGCCACAAGUGCCCAGACCCUCCUACGCCACCUGCAUGAAAUGAGAGGAAGACGGGCCCCUGGUCCAACAGUGAAGACAGAGUUUGCACUAUCUUGAAGCUCCACUCGGAGUGCCUUCUUUGUAUCAAUCCUUCGAAUGUUGAAUGUUGGAAACACCAUUGUUCCUAAGGACUCUGAGCUCCUGCCUUCAGUACUAUGCUGUGCUAUGGUGCUCUGGGGACCUGCUCAGGUACUUGUAAAUUAUUAAUUUAUGAUGAAUAUUUAUUACAGUGCCGUGCACUGUAGUAGAUAUUUUUUUACCAUCUCUAAGUUUUCCUUGGAAGGAAAUCUUCUUGUUGUUUUUAAUAUUUCAGUGAACUUGAAACAUUCCGCUUUGUGGGAUUCUAGGCCAAGGGUUAGCUUUUUUUUUUUUUUAAUCUCUGCUUUACUGCAGGAGUGGUGCUAAUGGAUAAACAACCAGCUUAUCCAUCAUGUUCAUUAGGACAGCCAAUCAUGUGUGAGUUCCCAAGUGUGAGCCUCCCAUUAGGCAGGGGAUGUGAGAGUUCCAUCUCUAGCCAAAGGAACAGCGUCUAUCUCGAGUCAUCACAUUUAUUAUCUUUGAACGUCCCUUCUGCCCUUAGAUGCAGUCUAGCGUCAGCCUCCACCAGUGCUGGUGAGGAGUAAAUUGACAUAUCUGUUCUAAAGUAGCUGUUCUCCCUCCAUUGGCACAAGCACGGAAGGGUCUGGUUUCAAUUCAGGAAUAAUUAAUCAGAUUGGAAAUAAUCUCAAGCUCCGGUAGGGAUGGAGGUAGGACAACACUUGAGAAAGGUAAAGGCACAGAAGUGACCAGCCAGGAGAUAAACGAGGAGUGCCUUCAACAGAAGUACCUGGGGAACCCCUGGCAACUUCGGAAGCUUCCUGGACAGGUCACGAGCCCCGCCUGAGAGGAGCCUGCAGAUCCACUAUGUGGCCAAUAGGUUCAUCUGUACCAAGUCACUCUUGAUGCUCUUAGUGGUGGAGACUUGAAAGCUGAGAUUCAGGUGCUAUUUGGACUGAGAAAGGCCACGUGUCUCUGCAAGUUACAGUAGUUUGGGCAAGACAGUUACUGAGCAGGUACUGUAAAUAGGGGCUAACCAGAUCACCUCAUUGGUCACUCAACUGUAAUGCGGUCAUUCUGGAUUCAUGUGCACGAACCCGCCUUUCCCUGGGACCAGAAUUCUUUUCAUAUGUGAACCAGUAACUCCACAUAUACGAUCAAUCUCUAGAGAAAUUCCUUUUUUGCGGCAGCAUCCAGGCUUACUGAAAACUGCUUCCUUGUACUGCUUGCAUCCGUUCUGAGGAAAUGGAGUCAUGUAUCCAUUAGCGUCUCCAUGCUUAUCUCCAGCGUCUGAGAUACAUUCUUUCACUUAUCACUUUUCUUUGUACAAUGUGACUCUGGGGUUUUUUUGGAGCCGUCUCAGCCUCCCAGACGCGACAGCAGGGAUCUGAAAAGGAAUCUUUAAGGUUCUACGACACGAGGUUUCUUAUGCAUUCUCAGCAUCUUCCUACCUUUUGAGCAUCACAGGUGGUGAGGAAGAAAUCGAUUUAUGCCCUGAAGAGGCAUAAAGCCCAGACCCGGCCACAUAGCCCUCAGUUUACCCUCCAGUCCACAGGGAGAACUUUGAAAGACAUCUUUGUUGAGACCCCAUUAUGCCCUCUGGUGCCCUCUAGUGGAGUCAUCUGAGACUGCAGUUUUCUCCUCCUUUGCAACUGACGAGAUCCAUAAUUCAUUUUAAGAGCGCCAAGACAAAGACGGUUCCCUCUCAUUUCAAAGGCUUUUCUGGGCCUUGAAGCAGGAAAAUAAACUGUCCAGGGGCCAUUUCUGGGCUUUUCUCUCCAGAAGAUAGAGUUGUAUCUACCUUUCCUCCUGCUCACCAUGGUAUCCAGGCAGCAUGAGUUCAUGUUUGUGUAUUGACCAAACAAAUGCCCAUCCCCCUCACUCAAUAAAGCAGUUAGAGGACCCCCCCCUCGAGUCUGUCCCCCCUUUUAAAGAGUGCCUCCGUUCAUAACACGAUGACCAGAUUCUUUCUGUUCAUUCUGAAGACAUGUCGGAAAAUGUUAUUGAUGUGAUAUUUCUAGUAAACUUGGAGAAUCGCUUUAGCUGUUCUUUACCUAUGUAGUAGAUUUGGCAAUUAUGCUGAAACACAAGCAGGUGCCACUGACAAUGUUUACAAAAUGUUUGGGGUGCAUUGAAUAUUCUUUGUGGAGCCCCUCAGUCCCUCCUAGUGCUGGUGAGAGGAUGCCCACUCAGAACUCCCUCCUUCUAGCUAUACUAUCUGGGAUCGUAGUUAUUCAAUUUAGGCAAAUCAUAAUUUUUUAAAAAUACUGAAGCUGUGAUCUUACUUCCCAUCAUUAUUUGGGACUGCCAACGACAUCCAUAUUUACAUAUUUCUGAUUACUGAUAUGAGCCACUCCACUGAGGUCUAUAUUUAAAUGGAAAGCUUCACUACAGGGAAGCAGGAAUUAUUAUGAAAGAAGCACUACUAGAAGUACUGUAUUUAUCCAAGUAAGGCAUUUUAUGCAGACCUUUCAUUUCAAUAGGAUUUCUUGCCAAUUCCCAUGUCAGGGUAUGGUUGGAUAUUGGAGGAGAGAGGAAGGCAAAAGGAGAGAGCUUGCUUGAACCUCGUUGAUGACAUAAGCAGAAUUACAAAACAGUAAUCAGAUUGUGUCCAAAGUGGUUGGAUUGUUAUCAUUAACUUACUGAGGUAUGAGCAAAAAACUGACUCCCACCACUGUCACCACCACUACCCUGGAAUCUUAAGCCUUUUCAGAGGAAUCACCAUGUCAUUUUGAGUUGUAUUUCAGGGGUGAAAAAUUUCUCUGUUCUAACUAGUGAAGUCUCGGCCUCUCAUAGUGGGAGGUCUGCAGCUUGUUUUUCAAGCAUUUACUUUAGAAUUUACCAUUUAAUUUUGUAAAUCCAUUUGUUUUCCUGACAUAUGGAAUCAGGCCUGAUGUAACAAAGAGGCACAACACACAACAUUUUCCAUUGUCAAAAUAUGUCAGCGGGGGAGGCUCUGCUACCCAGUCUGAACCUCUUCAGCUCACACAUGUGCAGUGACAUCACAGCAACCACAAGAGCAACAAAUUAAACUACAAGAGAAGAGCAGCUCAGGCAAUUCUCAGAGGGGACAUUUUUAUGCCUCUUUAACUUUAUUAGGAAUUUUCAGUCUAAAACUACAGACCAUUCUUCUGGAAAGCUGGCCACCUUUCCCACCCUCUCUGUGCACCAGGGCCAGACUGCUGAACUGGGUCAAUGAACGCUUCCGAAUGCAGUAUUUCCAUGAGAGCUAAGGCCUGCUGCCGGGAUGCCCUGAACACCUGGUCUGAAAACUCAGCUUUCAGUGAAUGUUGCCUAAGCCACUGGAAGUGUUGGAGACUUAUGUAAAGGAAUGGCCUUUGGCUGGGCCUUUCAAACACAGUUCAAUCUUCUUAAAAAAUCUUUCCACUUUUUAUUUAUAACUUAUUUAACUUCCAUGGGCUUCCCAUAGGGCCACUCCUGGGCAAAAGUGUGGAGUGGCUCCCACUUCCCCUUUUAGAGUCUUAUUUCCUCUCUCCACCCAGCUUUACCCCCUUCCUUCUGGGACCUCCAAGACCUUCUUCACUUACAUCAGAACUUACCUGACUUUAUAUCAAUGUUUCAGGGCCCUUGACCUCUGAUUAUAGUCAUUCUGGAUAAUAAUAAUAUAACCUAUAUUUAUAUAGUCUGUGUGGCAGGCACUGUGCUAAGAGCUUUACAAUCACUAUUUCAUUUGAUCCUCACAACAACCCUGGGAGGGAGGUGCUAUUAUUAUCCCCAUUCUACAGAUGAGGAAACUGGUGGUGAUAUGUGCAGGGUCACAUGACUAGUAAGUGUCUGAGACUAGACUUCAACUCAGGUGGAACUGAUUACAAGCCCAGUGCUCUAUCCACUCCUCUUCCUUGCUACUCCUAGGCUGACAUUAUCAUCUUAGCAAAUAAACAUGAAAGUUAACGAGGACUUUGGUGUUUGUCACCUUCAGCCAGAGGAGUGGCACUCUGGUGGGCAUUCCAGGCACUGGGACAAUUUGAUGGAACAACCAGCUGCCUGCCCCUUUCCCCAUGACUGGCUAUCUCCCCUUCUGAAGGGGCCAGCUCAUAAGACCUCAGUCAUCCAUGAAGGGCAACCACUGAAUAAAACUUCACACAAGGGAGUUGCUGAAACUCAGCUGCUCACCUUGACCUGUCUCAGUCUUGAAAACCUACUUCCAAUGUUUUCAGGUAUCUCAUGUGCUUAGAGGACUCCUCCCAAACUGAACAGGUCAGCCAAACUGGCAAUGCCUGCCAGCUGUUAUCAUUUCACAGAUAAUCUCGAUUCCCUGGCUUUGAUGUUCGUCCCUCUGGAUUCAUCUGUGAGGUUCAUUCGUGCAGGUCCAAAAGCAGAGAGUUUUCCAAGGACUUUGGCAAAUAGGCUGCUCUAGCAAAGCUCUUCCUGGAAAGACAUCAGAGCCCACCAGGCAGCUCCUUGUCGCCUGCCUGCAUUUCCGGAGGGUCCUUGAAAGAACCAAGUCGAGAGCCAGACUCUCAAAUCUUUCAUUUUCCCUGCCUUUGCACUAUGCGUGUGUCGGCUUCAAAGUCCAAUGUUGUUCUCCGAUGAGACUAGAAAUAGGUGCUAGCAUUGAUGAGGGCCAGAGUCUGAGAAAGAUAGGAGACUCUGCCUCUUCCUAUCCAUUCAUUGUCACUGAGAUGUUUCCCGGCAGCAGCCUCGUUCCCUGCAGAGAGGGCUACAGACUCUUUCCUAAAUUGUUCAUAAGAGAGUCAUUUGACUUCACUCCUAUUAGUCUGAAAGUUCAAUUUCACUGCAUCUAACACAAACUGAAGUGUUCCUUUCUGCAUUUUGGGAAGAGCGAUAGAAAGAGAUGUUUACAAGCUCCUAAGGACUUCUUUCCUAUCUAUCUGCACUUAGCAUUUUCAGCCAGAAACAUACCCACAGGGACAGUAUCUGUUAAGAGUCAGAGGGUGGGGCAGCUAGGUGGCACAGUGGAUAUAGAGCACCGGCCCUGGAUUCAGGAGGACCUGAGUUCAAAUCCGACCUCAGACACUUGACACUUACUAGCCGUGUGACCCUGGGCAAGUCACUUAACCCCAACUGCCUCAGCAAAAAAAAAAAAAAAAAAAAAGAGUCAGAGGGUGUCAGCCAUGCAGCAUGAGAACAGACUCAUCAGUCAGUGGUGGGGAAAACAACCACCAAACCCCCUAAAUCAGUCCCUCAACCUGACUUGGGAUGCCCCACAAAACAGCCUCCUGUCCCACAUCACUGUAAACAACUCUCGUUAACAGACUUUCUCCGGGGCCUCCUUUUUCCAAGGCCCACAAUUCUUCCCAGGUCUAACUAAGCCAGUGCAGAACAACAAAUGGGUAUGGGAUAAUUUUUUUUUUUAUGAAGUGAAGCAUGUGAGUGCCCGCUGGCUGACAGUCAUGAUGUGGUUGGCAAUCCUGGGAAGGCUUUUGUCAAGCACUUGAAGGCUUUGAGGUAACACGGAUGGUAACACAAGGCACAGCACAGGUAUAGGCUCUGCACCUUCUGUUAGGUGAGCUGGCUAUGGAGGGAAAAGGAAGGGGACCGGGACAAAAAUUCUAUUGUUUUCAGAUGGUGUCCGUGUUGGGAUGGUCUCUCCAAGAGGCCUUCCUGCUGUCAGGCUGCAUCCAUUUAUAAAGCUUCUGUUUGCUAGACUUUCUCACAAACUUUCUUAUGUUACAGUUGGUGUUACUAUUGUACGCAUUCUUUGUAUUAAGGUGCUACAGGUGAAUACAACCUGAUGUUUCCAUAGAAAAGCAGUCGUUGUUAAGAAUACUAUAUCCAAUAAACCGUGAACAUGUAGGUACAAA